AUGACAGGGGAGGAUCACAUUUUCAAGUCUGGUGUGACACGCAAUUACUACGGCGAGGCGCUUCAUUCGCAGCAGAAGCCCAUUCCCUGCCCGUUGUGCAAGCAUGUCGGGCGAUACGCUGGAACGCUAAACGAGAUUUAUCGCCGCAUCCCUAGAGCCCAGUGGGAGUCGCUGGUGCUGUGUCAUAAGUGCGGCGAGAAUGUCCUGCGACAUGAGGACGUGGCAACGCACCGGCGUGUGUGGUACUGUGCGUCGUGCGAGAUCUGCCUCUGCAGCAGGUGCCAGCGCUAA